AUGAGUGCGAAGAGUUCGAUUCCACCGCGGCAAGCUUCAGCCAAACCACGACCUGUUACUACUUCAACUUCUGCGAGUCGAUUUGGCGCAUUUGCGAAGACUGGCGUGAGUAAAACUGAGAGAAAGCCUGGUGCAACAAAGAAAGAGGAAGCGAAGAAGGUGGUCCAGCCGACCUCUUCAAAGACGAAACCAGGUGUGAUUCAGCCAAAGGUUGUCUCACGAUUCGGCCAAGCUUCAUCUUCUAGCAAGAAAGAAGUGCAGAAAGUUAAACCAGCGAGUAGUUCAGUAACUGCACCAGGGAAGAGCACGGCAGCGACGAAUCCGAAGCCAAAGAUUCCGACUUCGACGAUGGAAAAGCCUGAAAAGUCGAAGCCGCUUACGGCCAAGGCAGCUGAAGUUACUGAGAGACUUUUGACUUUUGACGACGAACUAAUCAACCCAACGAGUAAAAAAGCAGUCUUCGUGUUCGAGCAAGUUGUCCCAGGAUUAAAGACGAACGACAAAUGCCAAGCCACAUUUAACGAUGUCGCCUGGGAAGUUGCCGGAAAGGGCUUUGUCACCUCCGCCAAUUUGACUAAUGUUCAAGUCAAAUAA